UCUCCUCUUCUUCUUCGGCUACAAAAUGCUACGGAUUCUAAAUUUUCGCUUUGGAAAUCGUUUAUAUUCUGUGAAAGCUGCUAAAAAAGAUGCGAAAAAAUAUACAGACACCAUCAACCUGCCGAAGACCAAGUUUCCCAAUCGUCUGACCGCAGCCAAACGCGAAGAACAGGAGCGUCUUGUUCUGGAGAAGAAGAUCGCCGUUUCGUAUCAAUACCAGGAGCAGCGACUGGCGGAGAAGGGACAACCCACCUUUGUGCUCCACGAUGGACCUCCAUACGCCAAUGGCCAACUGCACAUGGGCCACUCGGUCAACAAGAUCUUGAAGGACAUCACUCUGCGCCAGCGGGUGGCACAUGGUCAGCAGGUCAACUACAUUCCCGGAUGGGAUUGUCAUGGCCUGCCCAUCGAAUUGAAGGCCACCAGCACUGCUCCGGGACAGAAUGCUCUGGAAAUCCGGCAGAAAUCUCGCGCUUUUGCCUUGGAGGCCAUCCAAUCGCAGAAGGAGGAGUUCAGAAGCUGGGGCAUAUUGGCCAACUGGCAGAAGGAUGAUAUCUAUAUGACUUUCCAUCCCGAGUUUAUAGUCAAUCAAUUGCAAAUGUUUCACAAUCUUUAUGAGAGAGGACUUGUAUAUCGAGAUUUGAAGCCGGUUUACUGGUCUCCUUCCUCCAAGACAGCCCUGGCGGAGGCGGAGCUGGAAUAUGAUCCCAACCACAUAAGUCCUUCGGUAUAUGUGAGAUUUGCCUUGAAUCCCAAUGGUUUACCCUUGGAAACUAAGGAUAAACAGAUUUAUGCCCUUGUGUGGACCACAACUCCUUGGACACUGCCCAGUAAUCAAGCCAUUUGCUAUAAUCCCUCUUUGGAAUACAUGUUGGUUAGGCUGUCGGAUCACAGCGAGGACGAGCUAUAUCUCAUGGCCUCAGCCCUCUCGGCAGACUUUGAGGCAAAUACCCAGCUCAAAUGUGAGAUAGUCCAGCAUUUGAGUGGCAACUCAUUGGGCAAGUUCAGCUAUAAACACCCAAUAGACAAAGAACAGUCUAACCUGCCCUUCUUCGAUGCUAGUCAUGUGCAGGAUAGCAAGGGUACGGGCUUGGUGCACACUGCUCCUGCCCAUGGACCCGAAGAUUUCCUCGUUAGCCUGGCCAAGAAAAUACCCGUGAAAUGUUUGGUAAAUGAGGAGGGCAUUUACACAAAGGAAGCCCCUGAUUUUCUACGCGGACAAUCGGUGCUGGAGCGGGGAAAUCCUCUUGUCUUAGAGCACAUAGCAGAGGAUGUGGUGCACUUCGCCAAGCUGGAACAUUCCUAUCCCAUAGACUGGCGCACCAAGCAGCCUGUGAUAAUUCGUGCCAGCGAGCAGUGGUUCAUCAAUACAGAGAAGCUGAAGACUUCAGCUGCUGACGCACUGGAGCGUGUGGAAAUCUAUCCCCGAACAAAUGCCGAGGCCAGCAAGAAGGCAUUGCUCACCCAGCUGCAAAAGCGACCCUACUGGUGCAUCUCGAGGCAGCGGGCGUGGGGUGUUCCCAUUCCCGUUCUCUACAGUCGGCUGACUGGAGAAGUAGUACUCAAUGCUGCUCUAAUCGAACACCUCUGCAAUCUUUUACGCCAGGAGGGAUCCAUUGACUUCUGGUGGGCCAAGACGGUGGAGGAAAUUGUACCCACCAAUAUACUCAGUGAACUUGGCUACGAAGCCAAAGAUCUCGUCAAGGGAAAUGACAUAUUGGACAUCUGGUUUGACUCUGGCAGUACUUGGUCUGCUGUGCUGAAGAAGGAUAAAGUAGCCGACUUGUAUUUGGAGGGCUAUGACCAAUUCACCGGCUGGUUUCAAUCUUCCCUGCUAAUGAGCAUUGCUGCUCGAGGAUGUGCGCCCUACAAGGCCCUCUUUGUACAUGGAUUCACGGUGGAUGAGAACGGCUACAAGAUGUCCAAAUCGUUGGGAAAUGUCAUUUCACCCAAGCAGAUAACCAAAAAGUAUGGAACAGAUGCCCUGCGCUGGUGGGUGGCCUCCCAUGGAACCCAGCACAUGUCCAUUACGGUCAGCGAUAAGCUGCUGCAGCAGGCGGCUGAGAAUGUGAGCAAGGUGCGCGGAACACUAAGGUAUCUAAAGGGUGUAAUUGGAGAGAAACAAUCAGACGAGCAGCUUCUGCUUAAAACUCCCGACACGAGCUAUUUAAACCGAUACUUGCUAAGCCAGUUGGUUGAAUUUGAAUCUGAGGUGGUGAAGCUCUACAAAGCCUAUGAGUACAAUCGCGUAGUGGCCUGCGUUCAAAACUUCCUUGCCAAUCAGGUGUCCGCCAUUUAUGUGCAUCUAAUCAAGGAUCGUUUGUAUUGUGGGGAUGAUCAGGAACUGUUUGCUAUUCGUCAGACGCUUACCCACUGCUACCAGCAACUCUGCAAGAGCUUGUGGCCCAUUGUUCCUUUCCUGGUGGAGGAAAGCUGGAGCUAUUACGAUGCCAAGGGUGGAGCAUUUCAUGAGCAGAGUGUUCGAGCUAACCCAGAAUGGCGGGACACAAAAGCCAUUGAGCUGGUAAAGGCAGCACUUGAUGUCAAACGUCUCAUUAACCAGCAGGCUGGAGAGGUAAACACUUGGCACUUGGCUGUAACCAUUAAGGGAAGGAAGGGAAGCCAGCUCGAUCUGCUGCAAGAACUUCACUGCUCUCUUGGAGAAACUUUAAGAAAUUCAGAGCUAUGCGAGAUACUGCAAGUGGGGUCUGUUACCCUCGUGCAAUCCGAUAAUCACGAAUUGGACAUAGCCAUAACUACUCUGCUGACAACGUUGUGUCCACGUUGUCGUCGAUUUAGUUUGGACGAGAAUGACGAACACGAGACCUGUGAACGUUGCUCUGCGAUAAUGAAUGUAAAGCAUUAGGUUUUGUUGUUUUCUAGGUGUAAGGAAUACAUUUAUGUUUUUAAAAA